AGGCAGCAGGAAAUACUUCUGUUGACUUCAGUGGGGCAGCUCUAACAAAUAACAAGACUAUGGCUAGACACCACGAUGCUAACUUAGAGGCUCACUGCUGAUUUAUUGUUCUUUUUGAACAGUGUUUGUGCGUUCCACGUCGACCCAGACCUUGCCUCCUGCAGUACGCGCCGUCUCGUGUCGUGUUGCGCGGGCGCGCUCGGGCUGCUGCUGACUCGCCCUUGUUGGUUUCCCUGUUGUAGGGGAAAGGCUCUAGGGCGGCAGAUAAGGCUGUUGCCAUGGUGAUGAAGGAGAUUCCGAGGGAUGAGGCUGCAGAGGAAAAGCCCCUCCUCACUAUGGCGUCACAGCUAGUGAACGAGCAACAAGAAAGCAGACCCCUUCUGAGUCCCUCCAUUGAUGACUUUCUCUGUGAAACUAAACCAGAAGCUGUUGCAAGGCCUGUAACUUCAAAUACUGCAGUAUUAUCAACAGGUCUGGAUCUCUUGGAUCUUAGUGAACCUGCCUUACAAACCCAAAACAAAGCAAAGAAAUCAGAGAAUCCAUCAAGAGGUGAAGGCUUAAAAACUUCAGCCCACAGAAAGAAGACAGACAAUUCUGACCUUAUCAGUGUGGAUACUGAACAGAAAGUUCAGACUGUCAGAGUUUCAGACAAGUCUUCACUAGAUUUAGUUGAUAUUCAGACACAGAUUGAGAAAUGGGAUGAUGUCAAUUUUCCUGGAGACAGGAGCUGCAAGGUCCAUCCUUCUGCAGAACGAACAUCAUCAUCAUCAUCUAGAGCUCAAUCAAAAGAGCUUUUAUGGUCCACAGAAAAUAGAUCACAGUCUGAGCUGACUAACGUCAAGAGCACUUUCGACACUGAUUCAACAUCAGAACUAGAAGUAGCACCUGCAGUACAGGUGCGAUCAACUAAGGAGCAGCGUUGGGGAGGGCCUCUUCUCUCAAGAAAUCACUCAUUGGAAGAGGAAUUUGAAAGAGCUAAGGCAGCUGUGGAGUCAGACACAGAGUUUUGGGAUAAAAUGCAAGCAGAAUGGGAAGAAAUGGCUCGCAGGAACUGGAUUUCAGAGAACCAAGAAGCACCAGGGCAAGUCACCAUCUCUACCAUUGAAAAGGGAUAUUAUUUUCAUACAGAAAAUCCUUUCAAAGACUGGCCAGGUGCCUUUGAGGAAGGACUGAAAAAAAUGAAAGAAGGUGACCUGCCUGUUACAAUCUUGUACCUGGAGGCUGCUAUUCUACAAGAGCCCAAUGAUGCAGAGGCCUGGCAGUUCCUGGGCAUAACACAGGCAGAGAAUGAAAAUGAGCAAGCAGCCAUUGUCGCCCUCCAAAGGUGCUUGGAACUGCAGCCAAAUAACCUAAAAGCUCUGAUGGCACUAGCUGUAAGUUAUACUAACACAGGCCAUCAACAGGAAGCCUACCAAGCUCUACGAAACUGGAUAAAGCUAAAUCCAAAGUACAAGUAUAUAGCGAAAAGCAAAAAAGGGUCCCCAGCACUUACCAGGAGAAUGUCUAAGACAUCAGAUGAAAGCUCAUUACUUGAAGAAGUAAAAGAUUUAUACCUGGAGGCUGCUCACCAGAAUGGUGACAUGAUAGACCCUGACUUGCAGACAGGACUUGGAGUUCUUUUCCACCUGAAUGGAGAAUUUAACAGAGCAAUAGAUGCAUUUAGUGCUGCUUUAACUGUUCGGCCAGAGGACUAUACGUUAUGGAACCGUCUUGGAGCAACCCUGGCAAAUGGGGAUCGAAGCGAAGAAGCUGUUGAGGCUUACACACGUGCUUUAGAAAUACAACCUGGCUUCAUUCGGUCCAGGUACAAUUUAGGCAUAAGCUGCAUCAACUUAGGAGCAUACAGAGAGGCUGUCAGCAAUUUUCUCACUGCUCUCAGUUUGCAGAGGAAAAGCAGGAAUCAACAGCAGGUUCCCCAUCCUGCUCUAUCAGGCAAUAUUUGGGCAGCACUUCGAAUUGCUCUGUCUAUGAUGGACCAGCCAGAACUGUUUCAAGCUGCCAAUGUGGGCGAUCUAGACAUUCUAUUAAGAGCUUUUAAUCUAGAGCCGUAAUACAAGUAUCCACAAAUUAAGUUAUAUUAGGAAGCAGAGAACUCUUUUAUUACUCAUCUCAAAAUGACCACAAUUUAAAAAAAGAUCACGAUUGUAGAUCAGUAGGGGAAUUCUCUCAGAUGUUAUUCAAAAAGGAAAAGUUCAAAAGCACAAAAUAUUCUAAAAAUAUGCUCAGACUCAAAGGAUCCAAAUGAGCAGCAGCUGAUCUGACAAAGCCCUGAAUUAGAUGAAGAUCUUCAUCCCAUGCAAGCUUGCUUGCUUUCUCUCUCUCUAUAUAUAUACAUAAACAGAUAUAUGAAGAAAUAUAUGAAAAACAAACCUAGAUAAUAAUUAUCGCACAUUAAAAUGGCAAGCAGCACAUCCAAGGAACCUGCUUAGUUGCUCAUCUCACUAUACUGACAUCACUUUGCCAUGCAACGUGAAUUUUCCGUCCUUUGCUUUCUCUGAAAUAUCUUCAAGGUUCAUCUUUAACACAGCUCUGAAAACAGAUGCAUGAAAAAGGGAUGUAUUUUGUUUUGAAUGUAUUUAUUAGUUGGCAACUUUGCUUCCAAAGGUACCUUGAUUAAUUUGGGCCAAGUUCGAUGCAAACCACGUGUGAUAUUAACAGAACACUACAUGGAGGUCUAUGAGAUUAGGCCAUGUAUAUAUUGAAAGGACAGCUGUUGCAAGCAGAAGCAGUAAUUUGCACUAGAAUUGUUGCUGUUUAAACCAGCUACCCCUGAUCAUGGACAGAGAAUGUCUGCUUCAAAAGAGCUCACAGCAGGAUCUGUCAAUGUGUACUUAUGCACUUUAAUCUUUCUUUUUGUAAAAUUGUGCUAUGCUUUAUUUUUAUUUUAAUUACUAAAAACAGAAUAUACAGGAUAGCCUUGUCGGCAUAGAGGACCAAAUAUCAUUUUCUGAAAUGUGAUAAGAGGGUUUUCAAUAUUCUUAUGUUUAAAUGAUGCAGAUACAAUAUAAAUCGCAAUAUCUAUUAGAAAGAUUAUUCUAUUAUGCAUCAGGUACUACAUAUGCAUGCAUGUGCAUGCACAUAUUAUGUGUAUUAUGUCAUUCAAAACAUAUUAAGCCACAGAGCACUUUUGCAAAUAAAAAGAAGUCUUCGUAGGAGCUCAUACCUGCAAAGCAUGCUCAAGGGAAAGUUUUUGCAGAAAAGUAUCCUCUAUUUAAUGCUUGUACGAUCGGGACUGAGAUACAAUCCUGCUGCUGUGGCAAACAGUAGCAAAAAGUUUCAGUGACAUUUAUCACGGCAGGCUAAAUGCUUAGAUAACAUCAGUACUUCCAGCUCCUUAAAAAAUAUAUAUGCAUUUCAUUUUAAUUUUUCCCUGCUUGGAUGAAUGGGGAACAGUAUCGAGGGAUGGGGCUGCACAGUUACACAACAAAUGGAUUGAUUUUGGUACAAUGCAAAUAGGCUUAGCUCGAGAUAAAGGUGUCAAUCAAAUACAGGAAUACAUAUAUUUCUAAGGGGAGGCAUUUUCAGUUAUUGGUAUUUUUACUACUUUCUCUGAACAGUGGAAAAAACAAAUACAAUUGGAUAGCACCGCACUGAUUCAUGGUCAGGGAUGCGAAGUGCAAGGUAGAUACUUGAGUGUGAUGAAGUGGAAUGAGCAGCACAUUUCUUGUAAACAGCAAUGAAAACAACAACAAAACAGAACAACUCAACUACUUAAGAAAAAGAAUCAGAUGCACAAAUCACAAAGUAAGAAUCUCUGUAAGAAUUGAACAGUUCCACCAGUAUGAGCUUAAGUUUCUUGCAGCUGUCUGUUAUUUUGAGCAACCACUUAAAGGAAAAUUCCAUCUCAGUUAGUGCAAUCACUGCAUCUAAUUAACAACAUAAUUGGUUAAAAUAAUCAUUUCUUAUUAAAAAUAAGAGGCUUACCUCUCAUUCAUGCCUGCAGAAUAGAGGUGCUGAAACAGCUACAAAAAUUUUUUAAUAGUGUUCUAUUAACUCACUGUUUAUAUACAUUCCUAUUUAUCUAUCAAGCAUAUAAUGACAAAUUAUUUCUUCAAUUUUCUCUAAGGACUGGUUAUCAAAGACUGCCUUGGAAUGACAUUUUAGCUAAGCAUGCUGCUGUGUGCAUAUCUGCUGACAACAGUUUGCUCUUUGCUUUGACAGCGAUGUGUGAUGACAGCCCCGUAUCGAUAAGGCAGAGCAGAAGGAGCACUGCAAUUGAAUCUGGGAAGUGAUAAGAGGGAAGGGAGGCAGCUUUGAGAAGAGAUCGUAAAGCAAAGGCAUAUGUGCUUAGAUUUUGCUUGAUGCCCUACCAUCACACCGAGUCCUUCCAGAAUAUCUGCUGUGCUGUGGGAUAAUUAGGGAUUACCCAGACGAAUGAGCUGCUCAAAAAUUAUAUUUUUAUACCUCUCAAAUAAAAAAACUCAAGUCACAAUGACAAGGAACAUUUGAUAUUGGUGACAGUUCACUAAACCUCUAUUUUUUUCUCUAUCACAUGUAUGACAAACACAGAAAUUUUGUUAGAAAAUCUUGCUGGGCAGCCCCUGUGCCAGACUUCCCUGCAUUCAGUAGCUCUUAGUACUUCUAGGUUCAGGGCUGUGCAUACUUCAGUAUUCUGGGCCUUACUGUCCUCCUGUAGCUCCCACCAUCAAACACUAUCAGUGCAUAGGACUCCUCAUGGUCAGGAGACUGCAGCAUAUUAACGCCCUAGGAAAGAAGUGCAAUCACUGUAAUUCUAACCAAGCAAAAGGCAGGAUAAAUAAGGCUGCUGAACAGUAGCAUAUUGAGUUUGAGGGUGAGAGACAGGAAAUCUGGAUCUUCUCAUUGCUCCCUGUGAGCUCCCCCCAGUCAACAUCUCCUCCUAUCCCCUGCUUAUCCAGGUGUGCAGGCAGCCACUGUGCACUAUAGAAUCACACAAAGGCAGAGGAACACUGCUGUCUCACAGAAUGUGUGACCCACAUAAAUUCAGAGAAGGCCACACAAGUAUGUGGUUGCUCAGAUCCAAGUAAGGAAGCAGUUUUACUUAAGGACUGGAAAUUUCAGCAGACAUGAGAUCCUGAGACACUCCUGGGUCACAACAGCAAAGAAUCUACAGGCUGAUGCUAAAUUAGUGCUGUGAUAAUUUAUCAUCACCUUCUCCUCCUGCUUCCCCUUCUUGUUACUCCCCUCUUUCUCCAGAGGUAAUGCAUCAUAUCACUACCAGGUAAUUGAUUCCAAGCUUUUGAGUCAUUCCUCUGUUUUACAUAUUUCAGGCAAGUAAGAAGCACUUUCCUAACCCAAGCUUGUGACUGUCCCUCUCCUCUGCAAAGAUUUACAGUAUUUAUUUAUAACAAGUCUGAUCCAUGAAGCUGCUGAACACUCAAAGUCUGUGGUCUUUGCAUGAUUAGCUCAAAUGCAGUUACCAGAUGAGAGCUGCCCUCUGGUACCACUGUAUGUGCUGAACAGUAACCAGAAUCAAAGGGAUUAUUUAUGGAGUGAGGCUUUACAACAAAAGCAAUAGGCUCAUUUCUUGCUGGUCUUUUUAAACUGUAAUGACUCUAAUACCCUUGUUGCAAUAGACUGGUUUGUUUGUUUAAAGUGGGGAUUUGAUCUUCAGGUAAAUACAAACAUAUCUGUAUGUAAUGGCAUUUUCUUAAAAUCUGUUAAAUCAGAGCACUUCCGCAACUAUCCAAGGGAGGUUCCAAUAAUGCUAAACCUCAUAUGACAAUAUUGCAUGCAACUACACUAAAAAAUAACUGUACUGAAAUAUAAAUACAAAGCAUGUAGUGCUGCUACCCAAGUAUAUGUUUAGAGAAUGCAUGCAGAGGGUGCACACACAGGGUAUUUUUUAAUCUAUUAAUCAAUAUCUUCCGUGGGAUACUUUAAAAGCACUUUGCAUCUGCCAAAUUCACGACUGAGUUCAGCUUAUUUUGGAAAGUUUAAACAAAACAGAGAGUCCUUUUUAAACCUCAACCUCAGAAAUCACUGUGUUGUGGAUUUCAUGUUUAAUUAUUGACAGACAUCUGCAACAAGAGUGCCAGCAGACAAGUUUUGCUAUCCUCACAAAGCGCACAGCUUUCACCACGAAGCUGGGUGAUUGGAUUUGCACGUUUCCUUUACUAGUUAAAAUUAGACAGCACCAAACCAGAGAAAAAGAUUCCCAGAACCAUUGAAGCCACUGUUAUCUUGUGUGCACUCACCAUGGCCAGGCUUCUCAAGCUUGCCCGCUAGCUCUGAUGGCUGCCUGUCCCUCCGACUGUUCUGGUUUAAACAUUUAGAUGUAAAACUUCACAGAGCUGACAAUCUCCUGCAUCCACCAAUUUCAGCUGCGGAUGCCUGACUCAUCUGAAAGCUCAGCACAAAUAACUGAAUGGGUCAAUUUAGAAAACCUGGGCUUGUCCGUCAGGCAGGCAGGAGGAUCUCAGCAGCACCAACAGAUCAGCCAGAUGAUCCUACCAACAUUUGUAGAGCACAGGCCUCCAUGGCAGGAAUAAUAACUAAGGAACUACUGGCAGCUAGAGGCCUAAAUCGUUGUCUGUCAGAGCCAGUGAGAAUUGGGACUGUCACACAGAUUGGCCGUAGGUCUCUCUUGCCUGAACACGUGUCUGCAAAAUGAGACAUAUUAAUUACUUCCCAUGAUAACCUGCACAGUUAGAGAGAUUUCUGGUCAACAGUGUUGUUAAUUUUGCAGUCUGUACAGUGAGUCUAUGUUGUAACUGCUUAUAAUACUGAGCAUUUACGGAUAGAAGUGGCAGAAAAACGCACUGCACGUUGUGAAAAUAAUUGGUGGUUUAGGCCAUAUGAAAUACAGUAUUAUCUAUUAUACAAACCUCAUCUAGGCUAGAAAUCAGAUUAUUUCAUUAUAGUUCUAUUCCUGGACUGCUGACAUAUAUCAGAGACAAGAGUACCAUAUGCAUGAAGUGACCACUGAUGCUUUGAAGAAAACUAAGCAAGAGGAAAAACAAGCAUGCCACAGAACUCACAGAAGGUGUCAGAGCUUCAGCCCACAAGCAAUAGGUACUAUGCAUGGGAGAGAGACAGAAGGAAUACUAAGCUGUAACUUUACAAAUGCUUGCACGUGUGACAGCAAGCUUGCACGGUCAAGACUUAACGUGCUUUGAUCUUUUUUUUCCCCUUCCACAUUUACAGACUGUCGAUGACA